AAUCAAAAAAAUUAAAUUUAAAAUAAAUCAAUUAAAAAUCGUAAAUAGAAACAGGAAAAAGUUUUUGGACAAUAUUGGACCGGUUUUCAUGUAGCUUGGAAACUUCCUGAGCGGAUUCCCACGGUUCCCACCUUCAACCGAACCGGAAUUACCACCGUUAGGAUAUGAACCGGAAGAGCCCACCAUGAAGUUGUACCGUGACUCCAGUGUGGCAGUGAGAGGGAAAAUAGGAAGAAGGAAAUGGCGUCAAAGAAGGAAUCUCCACCUGCAGAUUCUCAUGGAAUGUUCUCCGGAAUGGCCGUCUUGUUAGUCGGAGAAGGUGUCCAAGCUCGCCGAUUACAGAUAUGGAAGCAGAAAUUGAUGCAGAUGGGAGCGAGUAUCGAGGACCAUUUUUCCAGAAAGGUUACGCACGUUUUCGCCAUGGGCUCCGAUUCGGUUCUCAAGGAGCUUGAUCGCGAGCGGCUGAUUCGUUACAAAACUAAAGUACUCCUAUAUCAGUGGCUAGAGAGCUGUUUGAGAGAGGGAAAAGCGGUGCCUGAGGAUUUAUAUGUCAUAACACUCGAAUCUGGAGGAGGGAAAAUUCAAACUUUGUCUGCAGAACAUAAAAGCUGCUCUGAUGAACAGAAUCCAAAGAAGAGCAGAAUCUCUUCUGAAAGAGAAAAUGUUGCCAGCCCAGAACGCAAUACGGACACUGAAUACUGCAGUGGCAGUUCAUGUGACUCGGAUAAUAAAUCACACUUUUCAGGCGCAGAAAUUACCAGUGAAGUUGCCCGUAGUCAUCAUGAUAAUGUUGUAUGCAAUCUGUGCUCUUACAAACAAUAUUGAAUCCCCAAUUCUUACGAACUUCAAAUAGCAUAUAUGGAGUAAUUGUUUACAGAAUCAUAUUCAACUUUCUCUACAUUAUUUCUCUCAUUCCUCAGGCCCCUCCAGUCAUUAUCAUAGCCUUUUUUUCUAUUUUGGGUUUUGAAUAUUUACAUCAUUUAUUGAGCAGGACAUCACUUCAGAUUCAUCAUUUCUUUAUAAACCUCCUGACUUAAACAAGAAUGUCACUGAGAUAUUUGGAAAGCUUGUCAGCAUUUGUCGAGUACCUGGUAUUCGUUAAUAGCACUCGGUGAUGAUAGGAGGUCAUUUAGCUAUAACAAGGCCAUCUCGGUUAUUGAGAAACUACCUUUCAAAGUUGUGAAUGUGGACCAGGUCAAACACCUUCCUAGCAUUGGAAAGUCAAUGCAGGAUCAUAUUAUGGAGAUAGUGAACACUGGGAAGCUAUCCAAAUUGGAGAACUUUGAGAAGGAUGAAAAGGUUCGAACAAUCAACUUAUUUGGAGAAGUAUGGGGCAUUGGUCCAGUCACUGCUAUAAAACUCUAUGAGAAAGGGCACCGAACCCUAGAUGACCUAAAGAAUGAGGAAUCCUUAAUAAAUUCCCAAAAGCUAGGUUUAAAAUAUUUUCAGGACAUCAAAACAAGGAUCCCACGUCAUGAGAUUGAAGAGAUGGAGCAACUUUUGCAGAAGGCUGGAGAAGAGAUUUUGCCUGGAGUAAUGAUUCUGUGUGGGGGAUCAUAUAGACGUGGAAAGGAAUCCUGUGGGGAUAUGGAUAUAGUUAUCACUCACCCUGAUGGAAAAAGGUAAAAACGGAAAUGCUUGUGCACUAUAUCUCUAAUGAGUGUUUGAACAGUAUGUGGGGUUUAAGCACAUUUCUAAUAAAGCAAAGUUAAAUGC